AUGGCGAACUGGAGCUUCGGAGAUCUCUACGACCAUCUGCGUCGGUUCGUGAGCCGCCAGUUCCCGGGAUUUUGGGCGGAACUCCACGAGAGGCUGGAGGAUGAGUGGCGGCAGCAAUUCACCACGGUGGGAGCCGUCGUGCGAGAUUGGCCGGAAAGCCAGGAGGCCGCGGUCCAGACCACCGAGGCCGGAGAGUCGUGGGAGCGGCCGACGACCCGGAGCAUCGGGACCCAGACGGAGAGUGAGGAGCGUCGCACCGUCGGGAACCAGGCGAGCGGACCUCUGACCCGAGAGGACGGCUCCCAGACGGACGCCGAAAUGGAGGAGCUAGGCGGCGUAUGGGUCUGGGUAUGGGCCCCCCGUAGGGGAUGGGCUGCCGGCCUACCCCGGAGGGACUUCACCGUCACAAUGCCGUCCUCCAACUGGAGACAGUGGGGAGCCGCGGAGCAGGAACCCGAACGAGAGGCCGAACCGGAGAGGGCUUCUCUGACGGACGGUCGCGAAGGGAUGCCGGAACCGAGCUGCCGCCCCGAAUCGCCACCGGGGGGAGACCGCUCCGACGAGCAGCCGAGGGGACGACGGGAGGAGGAACCGUCGGAGGAGCGCCGUGGGGAGGCGCCACCCGAAGAGAACCGCGAGGAGUUGCCAACGAGGGGAGAGGUGAACCCGCGCGAAGAGGCCCAGCGAGGUGAAAUCCCGGGCCCGCGGAAAGGAGGCCCCUACACUCGCCGGGGCUGUUGGAAUUGCGGCUCAGGGGCGCACCGAUACUCCCAGUGCUCCUCUCCCCGCGAUCAGCCAUUUUGCUACGGCUGCGGGGAGAGUGGGUACACGAUGAAGGAGUGCCCGGGCUGCCGUCAGUGGUGGGACGACCUGGGGCCGUACCACCCCGAACACGGACACGAUCGUCGCAGGAAGUAG